UCGUUACAUCACAUCCGGUGAGUGGGGUCUUUUUUUUUUGUUUUCCCGUAUCCGCCAUUUCAGUUUUUGAAGUUAGUUGUCAUCGUUGGCUGGAUUUUUCCUCUAAUACAAACGCCUGAACCAAUUAUAUUCUACGCAUUAGACACAAAUUCUACUUACUUGUCUCGCGAGGGCCGUUUUAACUUGGUUACCGUGGUCCUAGCUAGGUAAAUUGAUGUCUAGACGGCCGGCUACGGAUGUCGUGCUCUAGGCGCUAAAGUUUUUGUAUGAGUUGAGGGUUCGCCUCCGGAUCACAGGAGGGAGAGACGGGAAGGCCCGCUGCAGAAGCUACGGCUUUGGAGUGCUAAACAUGGCCGGAAAUUUUGACGCGGAGGACCGUGGAAGCUGGUACUGGGGUCGGCUAAGCAGGCAGGAAGCUGUGUCUCUGCUGCAGGGGCAGAGGCACGGCGUGUUCCUUGUCCGGGACUCCAUCACCAGCCCCGGAGACUACGUGCUGUCUGUGUCCGAGAACUCUAAAGUCUCACAUUAUAUUAUAAACAGCAUCAGCAACAACCGACAAUCUGGUCCAGGUUUGGCCCAUCCGAGGUUCCGUAUUGGGGACCAGGAAUUUGAUGCACUUCCUGCUUUGCUAGAGUUCUACAAAAUACACUAUUUGGACACCACUACAUUAAUAGAACCCAUCAACAAAUCCAAACACACCUCCUUCAUCAGUGUUGGACCUAGCAGUGGCCCACCACCCCGCCUUGAAGAUGAAUAUGUGCGAGCACUUUUCGAUUUCCCUGGCAAUGAUGAAGAGGAUCUCCCAUUUAGAAAGGGUGACAUACUGCGUGUCCUGGAGAAGCCUGAGGAGCAGUGGUGGAAUGCUCAGAACUCUGAAGGCCGGCCAGGUAUGAUCCCUGUGCCAUACGUGGAGAAAUACCGACCUGCAUCACCGACUUCGGCUGGAGGGCCCGGCAUUCCUGGGGGUGCAUCAGGAGGGAUGGGGGUCAACUCUGACGGCUCCACAGUGCAGACAGGAGCUCCAUUGCUGGGAGACCCAAGCCAAUACGCCCAACCCACACCUCUACCAAAUCUACAGAAUGGCCCUGUUUAUGCCAGGGCUAUCCAGAAGAGGGUUCCCAAUGCCUACGACAAGACUGCUCUGGCUUUAGAGGUGGGCGACAUGGUGAUGGUGACCAAAAUUAACGUGAACGGCCAGUGGGAGGGCGAAUGUAAAGGCAAGCGUGGCCACUUUCCCUUCACUCACGUUAAACUGCUGGACCAGCACAACGCAGAGGACGAGCUGAGCUGAGAGUGGACAGCCAGGCAUGAACUGGACGCUAGUGUUAGACCCUGCCUCACCUCAAUGACACCAACUCCUCCCUCCACAAGCCUUGUGUCUGCUCCAGCUCUCACCUUCACAAAGAACAAAUCUGAACCGAUCCGCAUCUGACCACUACAGCACACCCAUCCUUAUUUGUCCAUCCUUCGUCCUGUCUUCUCAGUGAUACCGAAUUAUGAAUCUCACAAAGGAAGGAAGUAUGGUUUUUCACUUGGAUUUUGGGAAACAUAUUUUCAAUCUUACCAAAUCUUAUCCCUUAAUCGUUGACUCCUACCGCACAAUUUUACCACUUCCUCUUCCCGUGUUGGAGAAGCCCAGUUGUGUGUCAUCUCUCCUCCUCACCCAACAACUAUGACAACAACACUGUAUGAUCAUUCAUGCUGCUUGGUUCUACUCCGGAAAAUGGUAUAUAAUUACAGUACCCUGACUAAAAAAAGGCAAUGAAUGACUACCGGUGUAGUUUGAACUUUCAUAUAACUGUUCUAACUAAAUGAAUAGCACCAUGACCAAGGCACAUCUAUUGACUUAUUUAUUCUUUUUUUUUCACUACACAACUUUACAGCAGCUGGUUGGAUCAUUAUGGUCAAGUCUGGGUUGGAUAGUUUCAUGCAAAAUAUGAUCACUUUUUGAGCUUUAUUCCAUACAUCACUGGUUGGAGUUCUAGUGGAACCACAGACUUUCUAUAUAACAAAAAAAGUGAUUGUGAAAUAUUAUUCCCAGAUACAUUACACAGAGCUGAGGGAAAAAAAGCAAGUGGCAUUUUUGUUAAAUCAUGGCUGUAUUAAUUUUGUCAUUUUUCUUCAAAAUUUCCAUCAUAUAAUGUUGGUCUUACUUCAAUAUUCACAACCUCUACCAUCUUUUUUCUAUAUUACACACACAAUCUAAAAAGGUGAGCUGAGGAGACUAGUUGCUCUUUGUUGGAUGACAGACUUGUGUUUACGAUGGAUAUUAUGACACAACAUGAUCUUUUCUCACCAAGUAGUCCUUUGUAAGAACAUAAUUUUAAGAAAUAAUGCAAUAUGUGAUUAAUAUAACAUGCUACAAUUUUUAGUUUUUGUUCAUUAAGCAGGGUGGUUUUUGUACACUUCAUGCUGCAGCAUGACACAGAAGCGAUGGGAUAACCCUGCUUUUACAGGCCUCAUGUAUUGUCUUUUUUUUUUUUUAAUGAAGUCGAUUCAGUUUGUCACCGCCUUUUUAGCCCGUCUCUCCACGUGCAUCCUUGAAAAAUAGUUAUUUGUGUUGAAAUUUGGUGAAAUGUGUCCAACAAAACAGUGUUGUUUUCUGCCUUCCCUCUGUUAUUAAUCUUUUAAUAAUCGUUUUUAAAGCCUUUUUAUGUUAACUCCCCCACGUUGUUAUCGGUCCGUUUACAUUUAUGAAGAACAAGCCGACAUGAACUGUCAUCUCUAGUUGAUUUAACGUCUGUGUCGUCAAGAGAUCAACCCUCUAGAACAGUAGUCCGUGUUUGUUUAUAUUGAGUUUAAAACUUUUAUCACACAUGACAAUCACUGCCCUCAUUUUUGGUUCAGUAGUCUAGUUGUAAUGAAACCGUGUAGUGGACUGCUCAGACAGAAUUACCCAGUUUCCAGUAUAUUUUAUGCCUGUACAGUUGUCUGCAAUACACCUUAUGACCUUUAGGUGUCACUUUAACGGCAGAGACAGGAAUGCACUUGGUACAUCAAUUGUUCAUAGUUGCGUCUGUUCUUGAUUGCUUUGUUUUCCCCAUAUUCACACAAUCUCACACCAGGUUGAAAAAAAUAAUGUAAUAUUUGGCUCAACUUUGGGCCUCAUAUUUUGAUUGCCAGCUUUAUAAUUUUUACUGCCUCAUUAUAAUCGGUUUGUUCCAGAGCUACUGUACUAUUUCAUGAAACGAAUGCACAUUGACAAUGUCACCACCUAAAAGUAUUUUAAAGUAGCCCUGCAUGAAAGCAUUCCAGCUCCUUUACAGCGAAGGAAGAAAUGGCAAAACAAGCCACUGGGAAUUGUGUUAAUAUCCAAAUGUGCCAUUUUAUUAUAACACUAUAUUCUUUCAAGACGAUUGAAAUUACCUUUUUUAUUUUCUGUAGCAUGUAAUGUGUUAAUAUACUAGUAAAUAAAGUCUUGAC